AUGAUCGUUGUGGUUUCAAUGAAAUUUGCAAACACUGUUUCAGAAAAUGCGAAUUAAAUAGAAUGGGAAGAAUAUUUGAACUGGGGCUAAGGCCGGUCAUACUGAGCAGAUUACUGGAUUCAGGUUGGACUGUUUGUGUAUCAGGAUGCAGACUACACCAGGCGAUCAACCCCGUCGUUAGAUACUACAGAAACUGCUCCUCUCUCUCUCCUACUAAAACUGUAGACCGGAGACAAACUGUUCCAGUCCUGGGUUACAGAGGUCUGCAUACAACGAAUAGCUCUGGAUCAGUGUAUGUUGACAGUCAGCUGGACUCGCUAGAGAGAAGAAAGAAAAUGUCAAAGAAAAGUUUAGAGUUUGAUACCCUUGGUACCUGGGAUACUAGACUAGAUGUACAGAUAAACGAAGAUGCCAGUCUCCGGACCGGAACUGUAGUUCCGGAUAUAGAUGUAAAUAUGAUCGGAACCUUCACUAACCAGGGCCGGAGAACCUACCAGGAGGACAGGUUUGUUGUCAAGAUGCUGAGACCGGAUUUACUGUACUGUGCCGUAUUUGACGGGCACGGUGGAAGCAGAUGUGCCGAAUAUUGUGCCGAACAUUUUCACACUUAUAUCUCUCAUUUCCUGGCUAGAGAGUCUUCAAUCUCAAGAGUUUUAGAGAAAUCAUUCUUCGAAGUGAACAAAUCCUUUAGUAGAUGGUUUAACAGUAAGAAGGAGAAUGAAAGGAUGAAGAUCUCCUCCGGAAGUACUGCCACCGUCUGCCUCAUCCAGGACAACUACAUGUUGUACAUAGGACACUGUGGAGACAGCAGGGCUCUGCUCUACAGGGACGGGAAAGCACGAAGACUGACUCAGGAUCACUGUCCUUCUGUUCCUGAGGAGAAGAAGAGAAUACUAGAGUGUGGUGGGAGUGUGACAAGUGAUAGUAUUGGUAGAUCUAUGGUAAACAGCAGGUUGUGUAUGUCCAGGUCUAUAGGAGACCUGGAGCUCAAGGAUCAAGGGGUUGUCGCUGAUCCUGAUAUAAAGCAGGUCAAGAUCAAGCAUGGUAAGGACGGGUUCCUAGUUCUCACCACGGAUGGGAUAAACUUCGUGAUGCAGGAUCAAGAGGUAGUGGAUUGCAUUGCACGUUGUGAGAACGCGAGCGAAGGCGCGGCACGGUUGGUUGAUCAGGCGCUCUUGUACUGCUGUGAGGACAAUGCAACCGCUGUUGUUAUCCCCUUCGCUAGCUGGGGGAAGGGGGACACCAGCUCCUCCAUGUUCUACAGCUUCGGGAGGAGUAUGAUUGGCUCCUCAAGAUUCGGAUAAUAUACCAUCCAACUCAAAAUUCAAUGGAUCUGAAAUUUAUUUUUCAAAAUGGCGAUUUACAUUUAGAUAAUUAAACUAUUGUUAAUGUUAAGUAUAGUUUCCCAUUUGGAAAAAGACUCAUAAAUUAUAAAUUCUAGUCAUAAUGGAAAGUUUUAACUCAAAAUAUAAUACAUACAGUGUAAAAAUUGAAUGUGAAUACAAUAUUAAGA